AUGUCGCCUUCUACCGCCGCCACCACUGCCCAGGUCUUUGACAACGGCGUCAUCAAGCAAGCGAGCUCAAAACCGGCGACAAGUUCUCGAGGUCGCCUCGGGAUCGAAACAGCGCGUCUAGCACUUCUCGGAAACCUACCCGAGUCUCCCUUCGAGCUCAAUGCCACCAAGGCCGAUCACUGGCACGCUGUUUCGUACGCCGCUAUCGCCUCUGCCGGGUACGAUCUGGUGAUCACCACCAAUGUCGUCCAUAUCGCCUCCCCGACUGUUACUUUGGGUGUCAUCCGUGGGUCUGGACAGACUCCGAAGCCUGUUGGACGCUUUAUUCUUCUCUAUGGCGCGUUCAAGAAGAACGGCAAGUUCGGCACUGAAAGGCACGCCCAGGUUGGCCAAUUCCAUGAAAAUUAA